CUCAAUUCUUUUUUUUUUUUUUCUGGCCCACUAGCAAGAAAUGAUGAAGAAAAAUACAGAAAUCAUAAAUUUGCUGUUCAAUGGUUGUAGUUGAUAAUAAAAGGCGCUUCUUUCAUUAACUCACUCACUCACUCACUCUUCUAAUCUCUGAUACUAUUACAGAGCUUUUGAACUUGUUGAAAAAAAAUGGCUCAAGGCUCAGCUGCAGUUCCCAGUACUGAGUUAUUAGAAUGGCCGAAGAAAGACAACCGCCGCCUCCUUCAUGCUGUCUACCGUGUCGGUGACCUCGACCGUACUAUCAAAUUUUACACCGAAUGUUUUGGGAUGAAGCUGUUAAGAAAAAGAGACAUUCCUGAAGAGAAAUAUUCCAAUGCCUUUCUUGGAUUUGGACCAGAAGAAUCUCAUUUCGUCAUGGAGUUAACUUAUAAUUAUGGAGUAACUUCGUAUGAUAUCGGAACCGGUUUCGGGCAUUUUGCGAUUGCGACAGCCGAUGUGUACAAAAUGGUCGAGGACAUUCGUGCGAAAGGCGGUAAUAUUACUAGAGAGCCUGGUCCGGUUAAAGGCGGAUCGACGGUCAUUGCUUUUGUUAAAGAUCCUGAUGGUUAUGUUUUUGAGCUCAUUCAAAGAGAUUCCAUUCUUGAUCCACUCUGUCAAGUAAUGCUUCGUGUCGGGGAUUUGGAUCGCGCUGUCAAAUUCUACGAAAAGGCACUCGGGAUGAAGCUAGUGAAGAAGGUUGAUAGGCCUGAAUACAAGUACUCCAUUGCCAUGAUGGGGUACGCGGAAGAACACGAGACUACCGUUCUCGAGUUGACUUACAAUUACGGAGUGACUGAAUAUACCAAGGGAAAUGCAUAUGCACAGGUUGCUAUUAGUACCGAUGAUGUUUACAAAAGUGGUGAGGUUGUGGAACAUGUUAUACAAGAACUCGGGGGACAAGUUACUCGGAAACCAGGGCCAAUACCUGGACUCAACACUAAAAUCACCUCUUUCCUAGACCCCGAUGGUUGGAAAACCGUCCUGGUCGACAACGAAGACUUUCUGAAGGAACUCGGUAAUUGAAGGUUGCGACAAGAACACUCUGAAUGGACUAAGCACAUGUGAUGCUGCUACUUCACGAAUAAACCGGUACCUAGUAGUAUAAGCUAGCCAUAUGCAUGUUUAAAUUAUGCGACUUGGAAUGAUAUAUUCCGGUCAUUAUCCGUUCCGGUUUCAAUUAUGCUAAUUACUGGUACGAUAUAGUUAUGGAAAAUGAUUAUUCCCCUUGGUUUUCCAUGAGGUCGAUUCAAAUUCAACCUCAAUUCUCAUGCCACGAUAAUAUGUAGUUCGACGGGUGUCUCGGUCCUUGCAAUCCACACCAUUCAUAAGCUAA